AUGUCUUCUUCACGCGUGGAUUACAUCCCGCCGUGGUGGACUUUUUGGCUGCAUAGUUUCCCGCGCUACAACCUGGAGCUGGAGCCCGUGGACAACGACUUCGAACCUUCCGAUUGGGACUACCUGCAGUCUCUGGUGUUUCUGAGCUGCACAGCAGCGGUGGUGCUGGGCGUCAACCUGCUUUGCCUGGCAGUUUACUUGAGCUGCUUGUGCUGCCGCCGCAAGGAUGACGAUGGCGACAGCGAGGUGGACAGCAAAAAAACGACGUCCCGCUGCGUCACUUGGUCGGCCGUCACCGCAGGCCUCGUCACUUGCGUGGCCGUGGGUGUGGGUUUCUACGGCAACAGCGAGACCAACGACGGCAUCUACCAAGUGACAUACUCGAUUUACAAUGUCAACAACACAGUGAGCGGCUUGAGCAUCCUGGUGAACACCACCAAGGACAUUGUGAACAGCAAGCUUAAACAGCAUCUGGACAGACUGGAAGAGAUCUUCGCUAUAAGCCCUCAAUAUGUGCAGACGCUGCAAGUAAUGAAGCAGAUUGCCCAAAACGUCGUGCAGCAACUGGUUGGUUUGCCAGACUUGAGCAGCAUGAACGUGGCGUCUAUAGCCAACCUGGUGGCCAACGUGGAGUACUACAGGUGGCUGGGCUACCUGCUGCUCCUCACGCUCGAUCUCGCCAUCUGCCUGCUGGCUUGUCUGGGACUCGCCAAGCAGUCUCGCGGUCUCCUCACCACGAUGAUGGUGUGUGGGGUUCUGACGUUGAUAAUCAGCUGGGUUUCGCUCGGAGCUGAGCUGGCCGCUGCCGUGGGUAUCAGUGACUUCUGUGUGGCACCUGACAAGUUCAUCACGAGUAAAAUCACAGGCCUCCUCGGCACAGAAAUCAUUCAUUACUAUGUUUACUGCAACCAGACGGUGACCAACCCAUGGCAGAAGCCUCUGACAGAUUUCCAGAGAUCCCUGACCACCAUGGAGACCCAGAUCCAAAACUUCCUGCAGAUCGCCGUGCCGCUCUUUCCUACUGCGGAGAAAGACUUGUUGGGAAUUCAGAAUGCCCUCAACUCGUCAGAGACUAGCCUCCACCAACUGACAGCGCUGUUAGACUGCAAGGGGCUCAACAAGGACUACCGGGAUACCAUGAUGGGCAUUUGUUAUGAUGGCGUGGAGGGUUUGCUCUACCUGUGCCUCUUUUCUGUGCUGGCGGCUUGCGCCUUCACCAUCAUGCUCUUCACCAUCCCCAGAGCAUGGAGACAGAUAGCCAGAAGCGAGCAGGAUUAUAAUGACAUGGACGAGGAGGAUCCCUUCAAUCCACGGCGAAACCGAAGGGGCGCGCAGAACCAGAACAACACCACUUUGCACAGCUUAUGCAGCUACAGCAGCAGCAUGGGCAGCCAAAACAGUCUGCAGCCCCCCGCACCCCCGCUCUCCAGUGCCCCGAUAGGCAACUACAUGAAUCAGACAGGUCUGUUUGGUGGGAACCCUCGAUAUGAGAACGUGCCUCUAAUUGGGCGAGGCUCACCGCCACCCUCGUACUCGCCCAGCAUGAGGGCCACUUACCUGGCUGUGACCGAGGAGCAGCGUCGACAUUUCGGCAAUGAUUUUCAAGUGUAA